AUGAAGGGCUUCAUGACUCUUGUGGCUUCUGCCGCUGGCGUUCAUGCCCUUGUCAAUCGUGGCGAUUCCUGCUGCUUCCACCUCACUGCAUCGGGCGGUGCCUCCGGCCCUGUCGGUCAGCUGAGUGAUGGUCAGAACCGGAUUGGUGAUAAUAGUCUGUCUCCUGCAGAGUUCUGCAUUGACUCGAACGGCGCCAUCACUGAUGGUAAUGGCCGCGGAUGUAUCCUGACUCCUCCAACUACUCAAUUCCAAUGCGACGUAGGAGCAACCCCCACACCGGGUUUCUCUGUCGGCUCCAAUGGCCAACUGGAGUUUGCCGGAAGCGCCAACUUCGUCGCAUGUGAAACUGGCGACAACGGUGGUCUCAAUAUCUACUCUACUCUGAGCAACGCUCUCAGCCAGUGCAAGACUAUCAAUCUCAUGGCUGACUCGUGCUCCGGCUCGCAAUCUCCCCCACCUACGCCUCAGCCUAACAAUGGCUGUGGCCCCAUUUUAUCCUCGGGUAACUUUGAGUUUCCUCAUCUGAUUAUCCCCAUCGACUCGUCCUCCCCGGAUACUGCAUUCGGUACCAGUUUCAACGGAACUGUCAGCUCGACCAUCUCGAGCAUCUUCAACUUCGACAUUCCCCAGUCGGACUCUGGAAAGACCUGCAGUCUAGUCUUCCUGUUCCCUAACAAGGCAGAUCUUCAAACUUCCUCUUUCAGUUUCAGUGGUGACGGCAAGAUUGAUGUUGCGAAGCUUGCGAGUGUCGCUACUAGCCAGACAAACUUCAACAACGCCCCCUCUGUCGCGGAGGACCUGGGUGAUAUCACCAUCUCGCCUGGUAAUUCUUUUGUUAUUUCCACCUUCUCUUGUCCCGCUGGCCAGGCUAUCUCUUUCGAAAUGAAGAACGCUGGUAGCACGGACCUUGACUUUUUUCAGGACUUCAACCCCGCACCGUAA